AUGGAAUGCAUCAAUUCAGCUCGGGCGCUGCUGCAGGCGGCCGCGGACGACAGCUACGUGGUGCUCGACAGCAACCCGUCCGCUGCCGCUGCACCGACGGCGGCGGCAUCGGCCGCACCCUGGCAAGACACCCAGGAAAUACAGAUCCUGCUGUCGCUGCUGGGAGCCUACCUCCUAUUCUUUGGCCAGUGCGGCUUUGCCCUCCAGGAGGCGGGCUGCGUGCGCUCGUCCGUCGCCAAGCAGGUGCCCUUCAAGGCGCUUCUGCAGGCCUCGGCGGUGCUGAUUGUGUGGUGGGCGGUCGGCCACGCCUUUGCGUUUGGGGAGCGGCAGGGCGACAGGCGGCAGCCGAACGGCUUCAUUGGGAGCCGCGAUUUUUUCUUGUCUGUAAGGGAGGACCCCGCGGCGCUCGACGUGACGCGGUUCGGGCUGUGGAUGAUGCAGGCCACCUUCGCGGCCACCGCCGUCGCCAUCAUAUCCGGCGCCGUCGCAGAGCGCGCGCGCCUCGUCGCGCACGCGCUGCUCUCGCUCAUCUUUGGUGGCUGGGUGUACCCGGUCGUGGUCCACUGGGUCUGGUCGGCCGAGGGAUGGCUCUCCGCGCGCCGCGAGGCGGGGGGCCCCAUCCUGGGCGGCAACGGCCUCAUAGACCUGGGGGGCAGUGGCGUGGUACAUGUCACGGCCGGCGCGGCGGCGCUGGCGGGCGCGUACGCCAUCGGGGCGCGGCAGGGGCGGUUCUACGCGGAUGGAGGGUCGCAGCCGAUGCCGGCGGGCAGCAUGGUGCUGGUGGCGGCGGGAGUGCUGAUGCGCUGGUUCAGCUUUUACGGCCUCAUCCCCAGCAACGUGCCCCUCAUGGCCACCAGCAGCGCCGUCUACAUUGCCUCCCGCGCCGCUGUCUCCGCGACGCUCGCCGGCGCGGCGGGCGCCGCCGCGGCCGCGGGGCUGGACGGGGCGCUGCGGCGGCACAUCGACCACCGGCCGGCGCUCGACGGCGCUAUGGCUGGGCUCGUGGCCAUCAGCGCAGGCGGGUGGUGGGGGGUCUCUGGGGUUGAGAGCGAGGGGCCGUGCGGCGCCGUGCCUGAAGGAGAGGGCUGGGAGCCGGGUGCGUCCGUCGUGGAGCCCUACGCCGCGUUCCUCAUCGGCGCCCUGGCGGCCCCCCUGUACCUCGCAUCCGUCUGGGCGGUGCACGCGCUGCAGAUUGACGACCCGGUCAACGCGGCCGCGGUGCACCUGCUGCCCGGCUGCUGGGGGCUCGUCGCAGCCGGCCUCUUCGCUACGCCGGAGCUCCUGGCGCUCUCAGGCUACGCCGUCACGACGCCUCGCGGCACCGGGCUGCUGUACGGCGGCGACGGCCGCCAGCUGGCGCUGCAGCUGCUGGGGGCGGCCAUGAUCGCCGCGUGGUCUCUGGCGUGGUCGGUGGCGGCAUUCCUGGGGAUGAGGCGCGCCAAGCUGCUGCGUGUUGGGGUCGCGGACGAGAUGAUAGGUGGGCUGGUACGGCUUCGUGGACGCCAAGGCUGA